AUGGGGGGCUUGAAGGAAGGGAAGACUGUUAUUAUAAUUGGACGUAUUUCGUCAAAUGCUAACAUAUCAAAUAUCAACCUUAAGGAUGGUUCUCAUUCCGCUGCUAGAACUGCUCUGUGCAUUAGCCCACACUUUGAGAAUGACCACCCACAUAUAGUGUACAAGACCUUCCAAAACGGUAGUUGGGACUCCGAUCAACCCACUUCUAAGUCUCCUCUCCUCCGAGGCCAACUGUUCACCAUCAAGAUCCUUGUCACCACACAGGCAUUUAAGGUGGCAUCGUACAAAAAAGAAGUGGUUGAUGGACUAAAGCCUGGCAAAAUCAUUGUCAUUUAUGGAAUUGCUAACUCCAACUGUAAAAGGAUGGAGAUUAAUCUGCGCCACAGGUAUGGGAUUGCAUUUCACUACCUAUGCCGUUUUGAGGAGAAUGCAGUUGUCCGCAGUACCUGGCAGAACGGGGUUUGGGAAAGAGAAGAAAAGAGUCAAGACAUCCCAUUUAAAAAUGGAGAGUUCUUUGAGAUCAAAAUCACCUGCAAAGCAGAGCAGUACGAUGUGUCAGUGAAUGGCCAGCAAGCACACACUUACAAGCAUCGCUUUACUAAACUGGAGGACAUCGAUGUUAUUGAAGUUUGUGGAGGUCUACAAUUGUUUUCUGUGGAAGCCAAGGAUCCAUAG